AUGGCUGCAAAGGUGAGGAACCAAUUGGCUGAACAUCCACGGAUGAGUCCAAGGGCUGAGCUGAGGCCUGAGAAGAAGUCAGGGCAUAAGCCAAGAAGCCACGAGGACAACAGGCCACGGAAAGAACUAAUGGUCCCAGGGACCGUGGAUUUCGAGGUGAUCAGAGAGGCACUGACGACCCCCAAGGCCCCAAACCCUGGCACCUACCACUUUGGCCGCCUCAGCCACCACUCCUUCUUCUCCCGGCACCACCCCCACCCGCAGUACGUGGCCCACAUCCAAGAUUUCACCGGGAAGCCGGUCUGUGUUGUCAAGGACGAGUUCUCUCUGGCCGCCUUGCGUCAAGCCUCGCUCUUAUCCGGCUGUCUGAGGGAGAUGCCCACCAUCUCUGUCCCCAUCGGAGACCCGCAGUCCAAUCGGGACCCCCGGCUUUCUUCUGAGGCCUGGAAGAAGGAGCUGAAGGACCUGGUUGCGCAGGUGGCCGGCUUCACCCAGGAGAACGAGCUGAAGAACAAGGAGCAAAGAAGACAGAAGGAGGAGCCUCAACGGGAACAGGGGGCAAAAUACUCAGCGGAGACUGGGAGGCUCAUCCCUGCUUCUACCCCAGCGCACGGCUGUCACCACUCCCACCAGGGCCGAUGGAACGACACUUCAGGCAGAGGUAGAGGAGUCCAGACCUUCAUUCUGCAGGACCAGGAGCUGCUGGUCUUGGAGCUCCUUUGUCAGAUCUUGCAAACAGACUCCUUGAGCUCUAUCCAGUUCUGGCUGCUCUACGCUUCCCCAGAGGAGAAAGACUUGGCACUGAGGCUCCUGCAGACAGCAGUGGAUCAGCUCCUACCCCAGGCUCUAGUCUCCAUCCCAACAGAAAAACUCUUGAACCAGCUCCAGGAAGUCCAAGAACUACCUCAAGAAAGGGUGCAGCCACCCUACAGCCAAUCCCUGAAGAAAACAAAGACACCACCUCUACCAAAAAGCGAAAAAGCAGAGCACAUUGGAAAGGCACAAGUCCUCCGGAUACAUUCAAGCCAGAACACAGAAGAGAAAGUGCCAGAGCCAAAGGCAGAGUGCUGAGGCGUCAGCGCCGCUCUGCCCACCUUGCUCAAGAGCCAGCCCGGAGCUCAGGCCUGUUUCCGCCCCUACCACCUCAGCAGCAAUACAUACUUUCCUAUCACAGAGAAUCCAUUAAAAUACCGACUCCCCGUUGAGAGGACAGUUCCACUCUCCCGUCAACAGCAGUUCGUGCCUGGUUGUUUAUUGCUGGACGGGAUGAGCGGCACCAAACUAUCCGCACUCCCUUGCAGCACACCCAAGUGUCACCACCCACGUGGGGCUUACCUGGUUCUUUUAUGAUCCAGGGAACUGAUCAGAUGGUGGUUGGGGUGGCCUGAGAAAGGGCUCUGCGCCUCCUUGAGCCAAGACACACGGGGCUCUGGGUAGGUUAGGGCAGAGGUCAGGAACUCACAGGUCUCCUUAAAAUAAUCAUGGGUGCCAAUUAUCAAGUUCUUACCAGGCGCUGAGGCAGGCUAACGGCCAAUGGUGGCAUUAUUAAUUGGCUCACGAGCGUCAGGAAGCUUUGGCUAGAAAUAAACGACAAAGAUUUACUCAAGGGCCUUAGGGUUUGCGAAGUGGAAACACAACUAAGCAACGCCCAGAAUAUUCCCAAGGAGAAAGAAAAGCUGAAGGUUCUUAUAGUAAGAAGCACAUUCAGUUCUUCAUUCUUGGAUGGGUCCAAGAUGGUAUUCUCCAGAUGUCUGGUGGUCUAGACAAUGGAACAUUUUCUUUUGAGGUCACUUAGGUGGUUAACGAAAGGCUUGAUGUACGUUCAGGCAUUAACACACAACGCACUGAUGUGUAUCCAAGUGUCGACACAGGCCUAGAAAGUUCAAGUUCUCAGAGUCAAUUAAAACACGAACAAUCAUUUCCUCAUGCCUCAGACUACUUGAUUUUAAUAAUUUAGCAGCUUGACUAUAAUGUCUCCAUUUUAUUUCUUCACUCUAGUCUUCAAACAUUGUGAAUUUUUCUACAUGCUUUUUAUGUGGUACUGUAUUUGAGUCUCUCAAAAGCUCUAUGAAGUAAAGUAUUACUAUUAUCACUCCCAUUUUAUAAAUCAAUAAACAGGCUCAGAAAGGUGAAAUAACUUGUCCGAGGCCACAUAGUAAGUGGCAGAGCCCAGAUCCAAACCCCACAUGUCUGGUUCUAGAAUCCCCACUGUACGCUAUUGUCCGUGGGCAGGGGAGAAGUGCAUAUUAGCAGUUCUUCCAUCUCCAUCUGAGAUGCUCUUUAUCCCUAAUGGGAGAGAAAUACCAGGUGUUAUAGUGCCCAUUUGGCUACCUCCAAACCCACAAUCCCUUUCCCAAUAGAUUGUGGGGAACCUGGCAGGUUUUUAGACUUCUCUUUGCCCAACUUCUGUCAUUGUACCACUUUCGGGGAACAAAGCCCGUGUUCAUCCCUGGAGCCUUCAUUCAGUUUGGCCUAAAUUGUUGCAUCUCUAGGUGAACGUUCCCGAACCUUCCCAGGUUUCUAUAUUAGUGACCCAUUCCUUGCUCUUUUUAUUUCCUUUGGGCCACUGCCAUAUGCAAAAGGAAAUAAAAAUAACAACAAAGAUGCUGUGGUAAAAUUGUGUUUUAAUUUUUGUUGACUUGGCUAUGAAGGAGUGAAAACCUGAACAGGAUAAAAGCAUGAAAAUCAACCCAGAUUGAAAAGAAUCACAUACAGCCCUGCCAUUCAUCUGGCUGGGGGACAGACACAGGCAAAGACAGCUGCGCAGUUAACAGGACAUGCUGUUUAUCCCCAGGUCCUCCAACAGUUAUAAAAUGCCAUAAUCACCCCCUCUUUGAGUGACGGUUGCUUUCUUACCAAUGAGACCCCCAAAGCCAUGUUGCUUUUGAUUUAUUCCUCAGUAUAUCCAAUAGCUAAGCCAUCCUCGCCUCCUGACAGCACCUGAUCUCUUCUUUAUCCCCACUUCCCCUAAUCCUGUCUCAGAAACAGUUGCCAAUCCAGACUGACCCCUGCUUCCCUUGGGCCCUUCCAGAACCCUU